AGCGUUCUGGAUCAGCUGCAGCUGUGAAAACACCAUUGCACUAAUCAAUGUGACUGAAAAUAAACGCAUAGAUGAGUUUCUCUAAAUCUUGCUGGUAAAUUCUUCCUGCAACCCUUGAGGUGUUCGUCAGGUGAUAAAAGGCCGACUGACUGUGGCUCUGAAGUUUCAGGUCUGAGUCAAUAACUACUCCCACAAAAACUCCCACAGACCGUAGUUGCGAUAGAGCAAACAUGCACCUCUCACCCCCUACAUUCAUUUUAUGAAGUUGUCUGUCACAGCAGUGCAGAGAAACACAAGGUUGCACACAGGUGUUAUGUACAUGAUUACAGAGAGCAGAUCAUAUUUAUAAUUCUAAGUUUUGCUGUCAGUUGUGUUGAACAGAACACUGCUGUAAAGAUAGUUAAAUUUUUACUUUAGGGGUCCUCUUCCUGCUCAAACAAGAAGAUAAAAGGCUGAUUGGCUGCUGCCUCUGCACUGACACGUGAUUUGCAGAUCAAGAGUUCAACCCUGUUUCUGUUUUCAGGAAAUGAAACCAACAGUCAUUGCGGCUAAGAGGAGAAAUGGAGCAGCAGGCAGUUCAGCUGGACCGAGAAACCUUCUCCUGUCCGAUCUGUCUGGAUCUACUGAAGGAUCCAGUGACUACUUCCUGUGGACACAGCUACUGUAUGAACUGUAUUAAAUCCCACUGGGAUAAAGAGGAUCAGAAGAGGAUCCACAGCUGCCCUCAGUGCAGGGAGACAUUCACACUGAAGCCGGCACUAAAGAAAAACACCAUGCUAGCAGCUUUAGUGGAGCAGAUGAAGAAGACUGGACUCCAAGCUUCUCCUGCUGAUCACCGGUAUGCUGGACCUGAAGAUGUGCCCUGUGAUGUCUGCACUGGGAGAAAAUUAAAAGCCGUCAGGUCCUGUUUUGUCUGUCUGGCCUCUUACUGUGAGAAACACCUUCAGCCUCAUCAUGAUUCAGCUCCUUUAAAGAAACACAACCUGGUGGAGCUGUCCAAGAACCUCCAGGAGAACAUCUGCUCUAAGCAUGACAAGGUGAUUGAUAUCUUCUGCCGCACCGAAAAGAAAUGUAUCUGUUAUCUCUGCUCUGUGGAUGAGCAUAAAGGCCAUGACACAGUCUCAGCUGCAGCAGAAAGGACUGAGAGGCAGAGAGAGCUGGAGGAGAGACGAGGAAACAUCCAGCAGAGAAUCCAGGACAGAGAGAAAGAUGUGAAGCUGCUUCAACAGGAGGUGGAGGCCAUCAAUCACUCUGCUGAUAAAACAGUGGAGGACAGUGAGAAGAUCUUCACUGAGCUGAUCUGUCUCCUCCAGAAAAGAAGCUCUGAGGUGAAGCAGCAGAUCAGAUCCCAGCAGGAAACUGAAGUGAGUCGAGUCAAAGAUGUUCAGGAGAAGCUGGAGCAGGAGAUCACUGAGCUGAAGAGGAAAGACGCUGAGCUGGAGCAGCUCUCACACACAGAGGAUCACAACCAGUUUCUCCUCAACUACCCCUCACUGCCACUCAGUGAGUCUAAAGGCUCAUCCAGCAUCAACAUCCGUCCUCUGAGACACUUUGAGGACGUGACAGCAGCUGUGUCAGAGCUCAGAGAGAAACUACAGGACGUCCUGAGAGACUCAUGGACAAACAUCUCACUGAUGGUCACCGAGGUGGAUGUUCUACUGUCAGAACCAGAACCAAAGAGCAGAGCUGGAUUCUUGAAAUAUUCAUGUGAAAUCACUCUGGAUCCAAAAACAGCACACACAGUAUUGGUACUAUCAGAGGGGAACAGGAAGGUGACAAGGAUGAAAAAACCUCAGUCUUAUUCUAGUCAUCCAGACAGAUUCACUGAUCGCUCUCAGGUUCUGAGUAGAGAAAGUCUGACUGGACGUUGUUACUGGGAGGUGGAGAAGAACAGGUCAUGGGUUUAUGUAGCAGUUGCUUACAAGAAUAUCAACAGAGCAGGAGAAGGAGAUGAAUGUUUAUUUGGAGGUGAUGACAAAUCUUGGGCUUUGGAUUGUCAAGAAAAGACUUAUAAACUGAUACACAAAAAAAUCAGAACCUCCAUCUCGGGUCCAUUUUCCUCCAGAGUCGGAGUGUACCUGGAUCACAGAGCAGGUAUUCUGUGUUUCUACAGCGUCUCUGAAACCAUGACUCUCCUCCACAGAGUCCAGACCAGAUUCACUGAGCCGCUGCUGGCUGGAGUUUGGGUUGGCUCAGGAUCCUCUGCAGAGUUCUGCAAACCCAAAUAGAUUUUCUCUCUGAUUGUUGAUCAGGGUUCAUUGUUAUAACGUCUGAUGUUCUGUUCUUUAUUUUUCUGGUUUAAAUGUACAGGAGUCAUAAAGGAUAUCGCUACCGAUGUUUUCUUUCAUUUUUAUUUGAGAAAAAUUUCUCCUCAUAAAAAUCUAAACUUCCCUGGGCUAAUAAUUCUGCAUUGAUAUUUGUACUGAUGUACUUGGAUGUUGAUUUUGUUUUAAUCAACUUGUCUUGAAAUGAAAUUAACUUGCUUCUGUUUUCUUGAUUGUGAUAGAAGAAAACAAAAACUAUUAACCUAGCCGUCUUCUUCUAAAUUCUUUAGAUUUAAAUAAAAAAAUAAAUAAAUGUCUGCUGUUCUGUCUCUCUUGCUUUCUUCAAUAAAAGUAUUUGAUUACAGAGAAAUUUGGAAUGUUUUAUAUUCCUCAUUACAAUAAAUUGUGAGUUUUGUAAUCUUAAGUGCAGGAACAUUUCAUUCAAAGUGUCUUCUGGUCCUGGGGAAAAUCAGACACACCUAAUGUUUACAGGGACAAUGUGAGCAACAAUCUGACCUGAGUUAAAGUGGAUUACAUUUAGCUUUGAGAUGAUGCAGAUCUUCAUGUUUUCCAGUCAGGGUGAAUAAUUUGGGUUGAAAACAUACGUGCUUUAGUAAACCAAGGCCCCAUAUUUGGAGAUUGAAGUUUAUUGAAAAUUAAACAGGCCAAAUUUCUCCAUUUUCAGAUUCCCUUCUUUGGCUCCUUGUUAAAUGCAGAACAGAAUUUAAAUUUAUUUUUCUCAUAUAAAGUUCUCAAUAAUGAAGCUCCAUCCUAUAGAGAUCUGAUUGGUCCAUAUAUUCCUAACCGACGGCAGGUUUACUGCUGGUUUCUAGAAUUUGAAAACGUAGAAUGCAAGGCAGAUCUUAGUUAUCUAGAACCAGAUCCCUGUGAGGCAGACAGACACCCUGAUCACUUUUAACACCAGGCUGAAAACUUUCCUCUUUGAUGAAGCUGAUUGACUGGCGUAGGUCAUCCUGAGAUAUUUAUGUUGGUAUGCUGCCACAGACUGAGACUACUACAAUACAAACUGACCACUUUUUAACGCUUUUUUUCUUUUAUUUGCAUUAUUUACUGUUAUUUUGACGUAACUUUUUGUUUUCUCUAUUAACUUCCUCUUUAUAUAAGCUGCACCUGCUCUGGCGUUUGAUUGGCUGCGAUUCCUUCCUGUAGGAGGGCAUCGGCUGGGAUAAUGCUGCCAUCAACUAAUUGCUCCUCCUCUUCUACAAUUAACUUUUUACUUUCAUGAAAGUUGAAAAUAAUCCUACAUCAGUUCUUCUGUUUCUUCUCAAACC